AUGCUCCCGAGGUUGAGGAUUCAUAGAUUCACCAUCUAUAUCUCCCUCACCCUUUGCUUUCUAGCUGCGACAUAUCUCCUUUUAGGACAUGAUGAUUUCACCCAUACCGGCUCAUGGAGGACUCCUCUUUACUCAAACCAGGGCGAAGAAGCUGCCCCGAAGGAGAAAUCGACCGGCAAAGGGGCUGGCAGCCUUGCGUCAUCUACCCGGUCGCCCGCGCCGAAGACCGCGUCGUCCCCCACGGCCGCUCCGAGACCGAGUAAGACAGAGCUAAUUUCAAUCGCGCGCAAUUUGCUCCCUUCGAUCCUCGACCCAACCAACACCUCCUUCGACCGCAUGACCUGCCCUCCAAUCAACCAGACCCGCUAUUCAUACUUGAAGGUGGACAAGCGGGAGAGCAAACACAAGUACUUCUUCGCCCUCAACCUGCGACAAUGUGUGGACCUCCUGCCUCGCCUGAUGGGAUCCGUAUUGGAAGCCAUCCGCUUCCUUGGGCCGCAGAACUGUGCGCUCAGCAUCGUCGAAGGCAACUCGGACGACGGCACACUGGAGGUACUGGAGCUGUUGACGGAUGAGCUGGGCCGACUGGGAACGGCGUACUACCUACGCAGGAGCACGCUAAACCCAAGCGACGGCCAGAGGAUCGAGAAGCUGGCCCAGCUCAGGGCGAUGGCCGUGGAGCCCAUAACCGGCAUAGCAGGUGACACGGGACCCGCCGCUGAAGCAACAGCAGCCGCGAAGAAGCUCGACCUCGCCGACGGCGCCACCGUCCUCUUCAUCAACGACGUCGCCGCCUGCGCCGAGGACCUCCUCGAGCUGGCCCACCAGCGCGCCCUCCAGCGCGCCGACAUGACCUGCGCCAUGGACUGGACGCACCCGGGUGGCGGCGGCCCGCCUCUCUUCUACGACGUGUGGGUGGCGCGCGCCCUCAACGGCGACCUCUUCUUCGACAUCCCCGCCGGGACGGCCGGCUGGGAGCGGGCGGGCGACCUGUUCUUCAACGAGGCCACGGCGCGGUCCCGGCUGGCGGCCGGGAGGCCGUUCCAGGUGUUCGCGUGCUGGAACGGGGCGGUCGCGUUCGCGGCGGGGCCCGUGGCCGCCGGGGAGGUGCGGUUCCGGAGCAGCGCGGGGGGGGAGUGCUUCCAGGGGGAGCCGCAGCUGUUCUGCAAGGACAUGUGGUUCCGCGGCCGCGGCAGGAUCGCCGUCGUGCCGAGCGUCAACCUCGAGUACACGGACGCGCUGGGCAGGCUGGUCAAGCGGGAGAAGGGCUAUGUCAGCGACUGGGUCGCCAGAGAGGGGGAGCCGGAGCCGGGGGCCGGGGACCGCCCCCCCAUGGAUAUCUCUUGGCAGCUGGAGCCUCCAGAAAAGGUCAAAUGCAUGCCGGAAUUCAAGAGACAGAGUUGGCUGCCGUGGAACGAGAGCCUAGCGCGAUAA